CGUUAGUGCUAUGCAGCGCACUGUCCGCACCGGUCAUAGGAGGCUUGUCACUAGCUGAAUUACAAUAAUUUAUCCCACGAAGAACACAAAAAUACUAUUUUAUUUGGGAUAAAGGCGUAUUUCUACAGACAUGAGGUGGUUCGGCUCUCCUGCCAGGCAGACGCUGUGGCCCUGAUCCCCCUUCCACGUCCCGCCCCCGGCCCAAGCCAGGAUGUCCAGCUCAGGGUACCCGUCCGGCCAGGGGGCCUUCAGCAGCGAACCGAGCCGCUACCCGCCCCACUCGGUCCAGCACGCCUUCAGCACCACGCGCCACCAGCAGGACUUUGCCGUUGCUGAUUACCGUGCCCACCUGCAGGAGGUGAGCUCCUCCUCCCAGCUCCUGCAGCAGCAGCAGCGGCGCCGGCCCUCCCUGCUCUCAGAGUUCCACCCGGGGGCCGAGAGACCUCCCGAGAGGAGGCAUGGCUACGAGCAGCAGUUCCACGGCGUGUCCGCCCAGCCCGACCACGAGGCCCUGGAGUCCAAGCGGCCACGGGUCGAGGGGGUGUCCGACGCCCACUUCCCACGCUCACAGUCGGGGGGGAUGGUCCUGCCCCUCACGCACUCCGUACAGGACGGUCUGCGGUCUGCCGGAGAGGUCAAGAAGGACGUCCAGUUCAGUGUGAAAGGGGAGGCCUCUCCCGGGGCUCAGCACGCGGGCGACGAGCAGGACGCCUCGCCCUCCAAGCUCUCCAAGGAGGAGCUGAUCCAGAGCAUGGACCGCGUGGACCGCGAGAUCGCCAAGGUGGAGCAGCAGAUCUUCAAACUCAAGAAGAAGCAGCAACAACUGGAAGAGGAAGCAGCGAAGCCGGUGGAGCCAGAAAAGCCAGUGUCCCCUCCCCCAGUGGAGCACAAGCACCGCAGCAUCGUGCAGAUCAUCUACGAUGAGAACCGGAAAAAGGCAGAGGAGGCUCAUAAGAUAUUCGAAGGGCUUGGUCCAAAAGUUGAACUGCCGCUUUAUAAUCAACCAUCGGAUACAAAGGUUUACCAUGAAAACAUUAAAACGAACCAAGUAAUGCGAAAGAAGCUCAUUCUUUUCUUCAAGAGGAGAAACCAUGCUCGUAAACAACGGGAGCAGAAUAUCUGCCAGCGCUACGACCAGCUGAUGGAGGCCUGGGAGAAGAAGGUGGAGCGCAUGGAGAACAACCCGCGCCGCAAGGCCAAGGAGAGCCGCACCCGCGAGUACUACGAGCGCCAGUUCCCCGAAAUCCGCAAGCAGCGCGAGCAGCAGGAGCGCUUCCAGAGGGUUGGCCAACGGGGCACUGGCCUCUCGGCGACUAUAGCGCGCAGCGAGCAUGAGAUCUCCGAAAUCAUCGACGGCCUCUCCGAACAGGAGAACAAUGAGAAGCAGAUGCGUCAGCUGUCCGUCAUCCCGCCCAUGAUGUACGACUCGGAGCAGCGGAGGGUGAAGUUCAUCAACAUGAACGGGCUGAUGGACGACCCCAUGAAGGUGUACAAGGCCCGGCAGUUCAUGAACGUGUGGACCGAGCACGAGAAGGAGAUUUUCAAGGAGAAGUUUGUACAGCAUCCAAAGAACUUUGGCCUCAUCGCCUCCCACUUAGAAAGAAAGUGCGUCUCGGACUGCGUCUUGUAUUACUACUUGACAAAGAAGAAUCAAAACUACAAGACUCUCGUGAGACGCUAUGGCAGACGGCGAGGGAGAAACCAGCAACAGCUAACGCGCCCAUCCCAAGAAGAGAAAUCCGAAGACAAGGCCGAGGAGGAGAAGGCGGAGAAAGCAGAGAAAAAAGAGGAAGAGGAGAAGAGGGAAGAGGAGGAGAAAGAUGAAAAAGAGGAAUCCAAGGAUCUCGGUAAAGACAAAGAAAAGUGCGACGGCGGUGUGGAGGAAGACGACGGUAAGGAGCAGUGCACGCCGCGCGGGAGGAAGACCGCCAACAGCCAGGGCCGGCGGAAGGGCCGGAUCACCACGCGCUCCAUGGCCAACGAGGCGGCGACCGUGGCGGCAGAGGAGCCCGCUCCGCCCCCUCCUGAGCCAGUGUUGCCGGAGCCCACUCAGCCUCCUAAGCUGGAGCUGGCCCAGAAAUCCCCUCGAGAUCCCUCCAAGACCGCGCCACUGGCCAUGGACGUCCCGGCCAACAGAGGAGCGCUAGAGGCUGGGGAGACUUCUCGCUGGACCGAGGAAGAAAUGGAGGUGGCAAAAAAAGGCCUGGUAGAGCACGGGCGCAACUGGUCGGCCAUCGCCAAGAUGGUGGGAACCAAGAGCGAGGCGCAGUGCAAGAACUUCUACUUCAACUACAAGAGACGGCACAACCUGGACAACCUGCUUCAGCAGCACAAACAGGACUCCCGGAGGUCCCGGGCUGACCGAGACGUGUCUCAGAGCGAGAGCGUGACUUCCGCCACCUCGGCCGUUGACGAUGACGAUAACGAGGGCUCCAACGAGGAAGAGAACCCAGAGGAUAGUGAAGGGGCGGAGAACAGCUCGGACACGGAGAGCGCCCCCUCCCCCUCCCAGGCCGACCCCAAGACCGGCGAGCAGCGGGCGGACGGCACCCCCCGGCCCGAGGCCUCGCCUGAGCGGGACGGCGGGCGCAAGGCCCAGGCCUUCUGCGGCGGCGCUAAGGGGCAGGAGGCGCUUUUGGGCGAGCUCCGGGUGAAGCUGGAGAAGAGUCCGGAAGGCGGCGAGGCGGAUCCCCAGGAGGAGCGCUCGCGCAUCCUGGCCUACGAGGCCCAGGUGCAGACCAAGAGCGAGCCCGCCGACCCGGACGCCAAGGCCCCGGGGGAGGUCCGCGUGAAGGUGGAGCCCGACGCCAAGGAGAAGGGCGAGCGGGCGGAGAUGGCCGCCGGCCUGUCCCAGCGGGGGCUGCACAGGGACGCGCACUCCGACAACGACUCCAGCGCCACCUGCAGCGCCGACGAGGACGUGGACCAGGAGCCCGACAGGCAGAGGAUGUUUUCCCCAGACAAGCUGUCCCUGCUCAACCCUCCUGGCUCGGUGCUGGUGUCCUCAGCCAAGCAGGCCCACAUGAACGUCCAGCAGCUCCAGAAGCGUGCCGCCACCAUCCCGCCCAUGGUGUCGGCCCCGUUCGGGCCAGGCGGGAUGCCCCUGGGCGCCCCGCUCAGCGGCUACGCCAUGUUCCAGCACCAGAUCAAGGCCGUGCACGAGUCGUCCCACCAGGAGGAGAAGCAGCGGCAGGACCAGGCCGACCCCGACAGGCGGCCGGCCGGCUACCCCCGCUACGCCACCCGGAGCCCCACCAUCCUGGACCGGGAGGGGAAGCCCUUCGCCUACAUGCCGUACGACGUGAAGCUGGCGAUGGAGUCGGAGGGGCAGUGCCACGGCUCGGGCCGCUCGGCCUCGCCCUACAGACUCUCGCCCCGGGAGCACAGCAAGACGUCUCCGCAGCCCGACGCCGGUGCGUCCCGUUACAGCGUGCCACCAGGUAACGUUAACUACCUUCGGCACAGGUUCCCCCUCCCCCACGAUGCCCGAGCAGCAGAGCCCUACCAUCAUCACUCAGUCCUCCAGCCAGCGCCCAAUCAGCUGCUGCAGAGCCUGGCGGACGGGGUGCGCGUGACAUUCUCCAGGCACAGCCGACCCGCCAACAUUCCAUCCCCACCCCCGCUCAUUCCCACCUCCAAGCCCUCCGACAAGCCCGCCUUCAUCCAGGGAGGCUCCAUUUCCCAGGGAACUCCUGGCACGUACUUGCCUUCCCACAGCCAAGCGGCUUACGGUCCGGAGGGAGUGAAGAGUUCUGUGGGCUCCAUAUCCAUGGGCCUGCCGAGGCAGCAAGACCCUGGCAAGCCUGUGUCCUACGUGAAGCAGGAGGAGAGCUCGCCGCGCUCCGGCGGCCAGACGGAGGGGCUGCUUUCGCGGGCGCAGUACGAGGGCGUGGUCAGAGGAAACCCCAUGACUGGCAUGCAGGAGGGGAGCAUAACACGUGGCACCCCGGCUAAGAUGGCCGCCGACGCCCCACCAUUCCGCGGAGGCUCCAUCACGCAGGGGACGCCGGCCCUGGCCCAGUCCAGCAUCGCUGCAGACCUGCUGAAGGGAACCAUCACCAAACUGGCCACAGAGGAGCUGGGCAGCCCGGAGAAGGGCCGGGGGGAAGCCUCCUCCAAGGGGCACGUCAUCUACGAGGGCAAGAGCGGCCACAUCCUGUCUUACGACUCCAUCAAGAACCCUAGAGAGGGUACACGGAGCCCCAGGACAGGGCAGGAGCUGAAGCGCUCCUACGAGAUGAUGGAGGGCUCCAUAACCAGGGGCCACCCUGUCAGAGAGUCCCCCCAUUACGAAGGUCUAAUAAGCCGUGCCAUGCCUAGAGACAGCCCUCACGCCGAGGCCAAGGACAGGACUGUGCUCACCGGGUCCAUCAUGCAAGGCACACCCAGGACAGCGGCGGACAUGUUCGAGGAGGGUCACAAAUACGGUAAACAGAUCAAGAGGGAGAGCCCCCCCAUGCGCUCCUUCGAGGGAGGCAUCACCAAGGGCAAGCCCUACGAGGGCGUCAAUACCAUCAAGGAGAUGGGCCGCUCCAUCCACGAGAUCCCGAGGCAGGACCUGCUGGGCCAGGACAGCCGCAAGACCCCCGACAUGGCGCCCAACAGCCGCUGCAUCAUGGAGGGCUCCAUAUCCCAGGGAACGCCACUCAAGUACGAGAACAGCGGCGUCAGCCAGUCGGCCAUCAAGCACAACGUGAAGUCCCUGAUCACCAGCCCGGCCAAGAUGGCCCACGGGAUGCCCCAGCUGGAGGCCAUGGAGCGGGGCAAGUACGAGGAGGGCGGCAAGGGCCCGGAGCGCAUGCGUCACGCCUCCGUGGUGAACUCCGCCACCUCUGUCCUGCGCUCCACGCACAUGGAGGCCGCCGGCAAGUCGCAGCCCAGCCCCGGCAUCUACGAGGACGCCAACGCCCGCAGGACCCCGCUGAACUACAGCACCAGCUCCAUCUCCCGCGGGUCGCCCAUGCUGGGCCGGGGGCAAGAAGGGAGCAUAACGUCCGGGAAGCCAGCCAGUCACGAGAGGAAGAGCACGCUAACCCCGACUCAACGGGAUGUCAUCCCGGCCAAGUCCCCCGUGUCUGGGGGUGACCCCUUGUCCUCCCACAGCCCCUACGAGCCGCACCACCGGCCCGCGCACCCGGGAGAGGUGUUCCGCGCCCACUUACCCCCCCACCUGGACCCCGCCAUCGCCUUCCACCGCGCCCUGGACCCAGCUGCGUACCUCUUCCAGAGGCAGCCGUCCCCCACGGGCUACCACAACACCUACCAGCUGUACACCAUGGAGAACACGCGGCAGACCAUCCUCAACGACUACAUCACCUCCCAGCAGAUGCCGGCUAUCCCGCGACCGGAUGUCGCCCGGGGACUGUCGCCACGGGAACAGCAGAUCGCCAUCCCUUACCCGCCGGGCGUGCAAGGGAUUAUUGAUCUAGCCCAGAUGCCUCCCGCUCUCCUGUUACCUCACCCUGGGGGGACAGGUACCCCCCCUAUGGACCGCAUCACCUACAUCCCCGGAGCUCAGCCCCCUUUCCCUCCUAGGGCCUUCAACCCAGCUUCCAUAUCUCCAGGCCACCCAGGACACCUUGCUGCGGCCAGCAUGGAGAGGGAGAGGGAGCGCGAGAGAGAGAGGGAGCGUGAGCGGGACCGGGAGAGGGAGAAGGACAGAGAGAAGGAGCGAGAGAGGGAGCACAGGGAGAGGGAGCGAGAGAGGGAGCACAGAGAGCGGGAGCGGAUGGCGGUCGCCAGCGAGUACAUGCGUGCAGGCCCCGAGCAGCCAGGAAGGCCCAGUAGCCAUGGUUACAUGCGCUCCCCCUCCCCAUCUGUGAGGUCACAGGAGGGCGUGGUGCAGCAGAGGCCCAGCAUAUUUCAGGGCACCAACAGCAAGAGCGUCAUCACCCCGCUUAUGCAGAUGCCCCCGGCCUCGGUGGCUCAGACAGGCGCGCGGUACAGCACGGCGGCCGACGCCCUGGCAGCGCUGGUGGACGUGGCCACCUCGGCGCCGCAGAUGGAUGUGGCGAAGGCCAAGGAGGCCAAACAGGAGGCGCUGCGGGCCGAGGAGCGGCAGCAGCAGCAGCAGCACCUCCACCAGCACCUCCACCAGCAGGAGGAGCGCGAGCGGGAGAGGGAGAGGGAGCGAAUCUCCCUGCAGUCCUCCUACGCCUCCAUGUCUCUGCCCGGCGGUAAGCCCCACCCGGCCUAUGGGGAGGGGUCCAAGGACAAGGGCCCGCCCACCAAGCUGCGCAUCGAGCAGGAGCUCCGCGCCCACGGCAAGACCACCAUCACCGCCGCCAACUUCAUCGAUGUCAUCAUCACCCGCCAGAUCGCCUCCGACAAGGAGUCCCGUGAGAGGGGCUCCCAGAGCUCCGACUCCUCCAGCAGCUUGUCCUCCAGCCGCUAUGAGGCUCCGGGCAGCGGGGCCAUCGAGGUGAUCAGCCCCGCAGGCUCCCCCGCCCUGGACAGGCAGGAGGGGCCCUUCCCCCCGGAGAAACCCGCCCAGACAGCAGGCGGUGCGCGCGCGUACGACAUGAGCCGUUACCGCCAGCGGGACGAGCCGCCCUGCCCCCAGCAGCCCCCCGCCUCCCAGGCCGAGGCCUACGGCCAGGUCCCCAAGACGCACCGCGUCAUGACCCUGGCGGACCACAUUUCGCAUAUCAUCACCCAGGACUUCGCCAGGAACCAGGACGCCCCCCAGGCCUCCCCCGCCACCUCCUCCCCCGGAACAUUCCAGAGCUCGGCCCCCUCUGCCCUGAGCCGGGCCAAGAUGCCCAGCCGCUACAGCCCCGAGUCCCAGGGCCCACCCCCACCACCUCACGCCCCGCACCACCCCCGAGCGUCCAGCAGGGUGUCGCCCGAAAACGCCUCCGACAAGCCCAGGGCCAGGCCUGGCAAGUCUCCGGACCGGGGAGGGCCCAUGGAGAGCUACGAGCCCAUCUCCCCCCCGCAGAGCUACCCCGGCCUGGACAAGCAAGAGGCCAUGCUGCAGCAGGCUCAGAGACGAGAGGCCGAGCACACGGAGCAGAGGAACGACUCUCGCUCUCCCGGGAGCGUUAGCUACCUGCCCUCCUUCUUUACUAAGCUGGGGAACACCUCCCAAAUGGUGAAUUCCAAGAAGCAGGAGAUAUUUCGUAAGUUGAACUCCUCUGGUGGCGGUGAUUCAGAUGUGGCAAGCGCACAACCUGGCACUGAAAUAUUUAACCUGCCUGCAGUGACAAGCUCAAGCAGUAUCAGCUCCAGGAAUCCUUCUUUCGGGGACCCAGCCAGUAACUUGGGCCUGGAGGACAUCAUUCGUAAGGCCCUGAUGGGAAACUUUGAGGACAAGCACGACGACCACCAGGGAGGUGGCCCCCAGCCCAACAGCAUGGAGCGGCAAGAGGCUAACCCGUCCCCCAACACAGGCAUGUCAGCUGGGAAGCAGAAGCUGUUGGGCAAGGCCAACAGCAGGAAGUCCAAGUCGCCCAACCCGGGGCAGGGCUACGCCGGGGCGGAGCGCCCAUCGUCCGUAUCGUCCGUGCACUCGGAGGGGGACUACCACCGGCAGGCCUCACCCUGGACCUGGGAGGAGCGGCCGUCCUCCACCGGCUCCAUGCAGUUCCCCUACAACCCGCUGACCAUGCGCAUGCUGAGCAGCACCCCGCCCUCCAUGCCCUGCGCCUCCCCUUCCCUCCCUGCCCAGCAGGGCGGCUCCGCGCCCCGGGCGGGGGUGUGGGAGCGUGAGCCCCUGCUGUCGGAGCAGUACGAGACCCUGUCGGACAGCGACGAUUGAGCUCCUUACCCUCCGCCCCUCAGCGCUGAGAGGAGGAGCCCCGCACCCAACCCCGCCCCUCUCACCCUGACUGACAGCGCUGUGCAGGAGGCAGCAGCGAAUAGGGGUGGACGGAUGGACAGACAGACAGACGGACGUAGUGGCAGGAGCUGAGGAGGAGCUGAGGAGGAGCUGAGGAGGAGCUGAGGAGGAGCUGAGGAGGAGCUGAGGAGGAGCCGGGCCUUCAGGACUCCACAAUCCUUGCGUCCGGGAGCUCUGACGUGUGGCUUGUCUGUCGGAAAACGGGGGGAAAGAACAUUAUAAAAAGACAAAAAGAAAAGCCAGCAAUUUAGACUUGUUUAAAAAAAUAAAAUAAAAAAUUACAAAAAAAUUACAAAAAGAAAUACUAAAAAAGAUGGUAAGAGAAAUAAAGAUGAAGAACUUCUAAUGUUAAAAAAUAAAUAAAAAUAAAAAACAUUGAGACACUUAUUUCUUCAAUUAUUUUGCUUUGUAAAGAAAACACUUUGUCUUUAAAUCGUAUGUAAAUAGAGAAACUUUUUUUUUCCUUUUGCGGUGUUUAUUGUUUUUGUUCUUUUACUUGACCGUUUUGUUUUUAUGUUGCUUUUAAAUUGGGUGGGUUUCUGUCUGUUCUGAGGACGGUCUGUGUUUUGCCAGUGAGUAAGCAUGAGAGUAGGGGACGAUGGGUCCCCUCCACACACCCGCACUGAACCGCGAUGAAGUCGACCACGUGCGCCGUUGCCGUGGUAAUGUCCGCGGGAAAGCCACCCAGCGCGCGACGCGGCACCCCCGCCCUGGAGCACUGUGGGUAUCGGCCAAUUUUAAAAAUCACGAAGUUAAAAAAAGAAGACACUUUACAUUUCAACUGUUGUAAAUUUGACGCGAGUCCUUGACAGCACUGUGGAAGAAAUGCAUGGGGAUUCUAAUUUUCUUUCAUUUGCGGGGAAAACAUUUUUUUCAUUGAUUCCUCCCUCUUAAUAAAAAUCUUCUGGUCCUUCUUUUGUCUGGGGUGCGCCUGUAUGUUCCGAACACUGGUGUUGAAGGUUUUUUUUUUCGUCUUGAAGGUGAAUGAAUAAGCUCAGAUGUCUACUUUAAUUUAUUGUUGAUUGUUUUUGCUGUUAUUGAGCCCCCAAGCUGAUGUAGUUUUUUUUUUUUUUUUUUGAACAGGUGCAGAAUGUUCACACUUUUUUUGGAGUUGUCGAGUUGGGGAGAUAAACCCGUUUGUGACCCUUUCCUGUUGAGAGCAGUCAGUGUGCCAGUUCGCUGGAGGAAGGCAGCUUACAGUUUCCCCCCCCCUCAAAAAUAUUUGUUGGUGUUUUCUCACGUCUUUGAUAUUGUUCUGGCUGAUGUCUGUAACCAGUGUGUUUGACUUUCCAAAAAAAUAAAUAUAAAACCAACCAACCAAACAAAAAAAAAAAAAAAAAAAAAAACUGCACCAUUGUUGCACUUUUUGCAUUAUAACUUUUAACAGAAUAUAAAAAAGAAAUCAUACUACCUGUUUUAUAAAUGAUUUGAGCUCACGCAAAUAGCAGAUUUUUUGAUCAACUUUCUGCUUGUCUGGCGUUUCAGCUUGUUACUGGUUCCUACAGUAACAUAAAUAAUCUGCAGUUUUCACUUUGCAUAUGGUACAGUCAAGUGUAGUGGAGAUGCAGCUUUGCCAUAGCAAGUUACAUGGACUUCCAUGACCUUUUCUCUCACCCCCAUUAAACCACAACUUUAACAUCAGAAUUGUACAUUCACAUUGCAUUUGUAAGAAGGCCAGCAAUGAUAACAUUAUGUUGAAGGAUGUGUAAAACAUGAUAUAAUUUCUUUGUAACAUUUGCUUUUGGCCUUGCUUUGUGCAGUAACAAAGGAGUUUCCUCUGAACUUGGUAAUUGUUUAAAAUUUUUGGUGAUUUUUAAACUCCCAGAUUCACACCAAUGUUUGGAUUUAUUUUUGCCAUUUUCAAGAUCAAUGUUUUUUUUGUUGUUUUUUAAAAAUGGGAUGUCGAGUGUUUACAACUAUAACAACAGAAAAAAAACGUUUACAAAACUUGAAUCUUAAACAGAAAUGAAAACAAAUUGUCUGUGCGUCAGUCCAGCUCUUCAUCUGUCCAGUUUUUGCAGUGAUGACUUUUUUUUUUGUCUGUUUAAAAUUUGAGACUUGAAAACCCAUGCAUCUCAUGUUGUUGAAAUGCAAUGUUUGUAUCGCACAAUGUCUCUUAAGUCGUCAAUUACGAAAGUUCAGACCAAUCAAUAAAGUGGAUUAGUUCUCCACCUCUUGAAAUGUCAGGUUCAUUUUCUUUCCUUUAGCCCCUUCUGUGUAUCUCAGUUCUUGUUGUCAGUUUUUGCAGUCUGCUUUGCAGGAGUCCAAUUGCUUUACUGUGAACAGGAUAUUGUGGUCAGUGACUAAAGCUUGAGCGGUCUACUCAAAAUGCAGCCUGGUCAAACUUCACGCUUUUUACUACAGCAUUGAACUAAGUUGAUAUGCUGUGCACCACUAUACGAAGCAAGCCAUGUUUCAUUGUUCAAUGCAGUUGGUGGUACAAAUAAUAUGUAACCAGUGUCAGGACUUAACAUUGUGUGUCUCUGUAGAGUCUGAAUUGUAUGCCAUUUAAAUACUUUCUCAAAGCAGGAUGUGUGGUGGCACCCUCAGCGACUGAGCAGUGUGCUAAUCUCAGUGAUAAUAAGUCCAACCCUCUUUCACCACCUCCUCAAUUUGCUCAUCCACUGUAUCACUGGUCUUUCGUGUGAACUGCUAUCAAUGACCAGUAAUGCUGUACAAUAAAUAUUGGUCUUUGUGGA